UUCGGUCACUAUGAGCAACUUGUCCACAUUAUCGCUCCUGAACGUUUGAUUCAUCUCCCGUUGAAUGAUCAAGGGAUCUAUGAAGCUCAUACUGUACAGGGUCUAAUACAGUGAAAAUAUGAGACCUAAGUUCCCAACAAAGACAUUUCCAUCUAACCAAUUGUGGCGCAGGGUGCUAAACUAACCAGAAGAUUUAACCAGGUCAACUAGAAUCCCCCCCUAUCUCUGAUGAGACACACAGGUGAAACGCGUUAGUAGGAAGAAGCUACCGCCUCUAUUAAAAGGAUUACUCCUACUGUAAGGAAUUUCCCUCAGUGUGAUGUGAACCUGAUGGUAAAAGAUUCAUUAACCAGUGGAGAAUACUCCUCAUGAAAAUGCCAGACCAGUAAUCCCUGGGACAACACAACUGGGAGAGGAGGAAGACUGGAAACAGGGGAUACAUUUCCCACAGCAGCUGAAAGGAUGGAGCCACCUUAAGUUUACUGAGAGUAUGUAUAAAGCAGAAGAGGAGAUACAGUAUAUCGGAUAUGGUGCUUCCUGUCUCGUUGCUUCCUCUCAGAGGUUUCUGCGCAGCGUCACUGAGAGGCAGUAGAGUGAAAUAUGAUGAAGAACUGAAGGAACAUGAUCCAGCUGUCCAUAUUGGUCUUUGUGAUACUUCAGACAGGUGUGCUAUGUGAUGAUCCCUGUGCAGAGAGACCUGUGCCUGGUAUAGAGGGAGGAGAUGUCACCCUACAGCUGGGUCAGACUGAGAUCGAGAUCAGAUUCAUUUCAUGGACUCUUCUCCCGAAUGCUGGAUUUAUCGCUACAACAAAACCUGGAAGAUUUAUUGAUAAUGUCAGUGGGCGCUAUGUAGGAAGAGUGAGCAGCGCAGAGGACGGGUCCUUACACAUCACUGACCUGACAGCUGGUGACCAGAGAAGCUAUGUAGCAUCUAUACAGAGAGACGGAGGAGAGGAAUGCCUACACUUUAAUCUCACAGUAUACAAAAAUUUAUCCCCCGAUGACAUCCAGAUCAGCCACAAUGUCACCAGCAGUGACCCCUGCUUGGUCACCCUGAUGUGUACGGUGACAGUACGAGAUGUGACUGUAACCUGGGGCAGUAUAGACAGCAGUGAUAUCAAUGUGACGGGAGAUGUCCUAUAUGUACCUCCCAGCCAUGUGAACUUCACCUAUACCUGUAAUGCCAGGAAUCCUAUCAGUGACGCCUCCAAGACUGUGGUUCCCCAGCAAUACUGCAACACAGAGUCACCCCAGAAUCAAGGAGAAAGUGAUAGGCAUCACCUAAUUAUUGCAGGAUGCACCAUUAUAGUUGUCAUCAUCAUUGUGACUGGGUGUCUUUUAUGGCGGAGGAAAAGGAUGAAACGAAAAGAAACCGCAACUGAAAUACAUACAACCUAUGGUCAGGUGGCUGAUGUACAAAAACCUGCGGAAAACCAUUAUGAUUCCAGUGAAAGACGUGAGGAAAGCUCAGUGACUGUGUACAGUGAGGUUAUGCCUGUCCAGCAAAGGAAGCCGCAAAAACAAGAAAAUGGAAAGCAGAACGUGCAACCUGCACCAGAGACUGUGUAUGACCUUGUCAGGACUGUCCCAAAAAUACACCACAAAGAGCGACAGAAAACUGUUAUAAAAAUCAGAAUGGAACAAGUACACAGCAUGAAGUGUCCUCCCUGUAUAGUACAGUCAAUUAUCCCAUGGUACCAAAGUGAGCGUGCCCGGAGCGCGUCUUACGCAGGGAGCAUAAGAUAAACCGCAGCUUGCACCAAUGUAUUACACCGACACAUCUCCGCCUCAGCAGGAAGCCGCUCUGUAAAUGGCUGCAUGAAUAUCUGACGUACAGUAUCAUUUUAAGGAAAUCGUCAUCUCGGCUUUAAGAUUCCAACGCCUCCUAUUAAACCCGCAGAGUCAUCUUUAUUUAGUUUUGUGGACCAACUUCUGUUUAGAUCCAUUCCAUUAUUCCCAAGUAUUUGUGUGAUGUAAAGUGCGUCGGCCAGACCGAACGGACAAGCUCAAGAAUCGGGAGACCAUAAUGACUGGAGAAUGAUGAGAAGAAUAACAAUGCUACAUGGAGGAUCGGGCUCCUGAGUAUGGACUAUGGAGAGAAGAGGAUGGGGAGAUGGUGAUAAGGAGGACUAUCCAGAGAUGAUAAAUAACAGCAUGGAAUACAAGGUGGGAGCUCCCCAGUGUCGGAUUAGGGCAAGAAAGGCCCACCGGGCAAAUGCAGUGGUAGGAGCCCAUGCUUAAGGAUGUGGCCAGGCAUAGUGGAGGUGUGACCAACCACCAGAGGCCCACCUAACCGUAAGAGAGUGCAUGGGCUGGACCCAUAGUCCUGUGCAGUAUAAGGUAACAUACGUAUAAUGUAUAAUUAAAGUGCACUAGGAUACAGCCUGGAACCUAAUCCUUAGAGCAGGAGGAGGGCCCACAGGCAGUGGGGCCCACCGGUGGUCUCCCCUGUUCCCCUGUGGGCCAGUUCGACCCUGGAGCUCUCUCUUCUCCGCAGGUCCACUUAAUGUAUCGGAAGAUGCACACAGUACAUCGGCUUGCUGCAUAUUAAUUAAAUCAACAAAUUCUGCUUGGGAAUAAAUAUGCUCAGCGCUGUCUGAGUCACACGGAAGCUGAUGCCUCUCAUGCUCCCUGUAUGCCGCAACUCAUUACUUGCAGAGGCUAGAUGAGGAAGGAGGCGUCUGUGUGGCUGUUACUUCUGAAAUUUCUACAGUUUGGGUUCCAGUAAAAAAAAACGCAACAUUGUGACCACAUUCUAUAUAUGAAGAUAACCUGAUCUCACAGUUUAAAAAGCAGAAGCAGGGAUCAGCCAGAAUCGUGUUGCAAGACAGGACAAGAGUACUGUAGUCCACACAUAGAGAAUCUUGUGUUCUGCCGAAUGCAAAGGAGCUCCGCCCACUCUCACAAGACAGUCUGCGGCUCUGUCAUGCUUGUGAUAAAUGUGAUCAUUAUUCUGCUCGUGGACUAAAUACCUUUCAGCCUGCUUAUUUUCAGGGUGGCUGGACUCAAGUCAUAUUUGUGUCAUACUUGCCUACCUGACCCUCUCCAUGAGGGAGAAAAUGCUCUGUUCCUGGACU